AUGUCCAAAGUGUUCAUUGCUACAGCAAAUGCAGGUAAAGCACACGAGGCGGAUAUUUUCUCAGUUUCAGCAUGCAAUUCAUUUACAGUAAGUUGUUCAGGUGACGGUUACUUAAAAUUAUGGGAUAAUAAGCUAUUAGAUAAUGAAAACCCAAAAGAUAAGUCCUAUUCUCACUUUGUCCAUAAGGCUGGAUUGCACCACGUCGACGUCUUGCAAACUAUCGAGAAAGAUGCAUUUGAAUUAUGCCUUGUCGCUACCAUUUCAUUUUCUGGUGAUUUAUUCUUUUAUCGAAUCACUAGAGAAGAUGAGACUAAGAAAGUUAUAUUCGAGAAAUUAGAUCUACUAGAUGCAGAUAUGAAAAAGCAUUCCUUUUGGGCACUAAAAUGGGGCGCCUCAAACGACAGGCUACUUUCCCAUAGGCUGAUUGCUACAGAUGUCAAGGGUACGACUUACAUUUGGAAGUUUCACCCAUUUGCAGAUGAGGCAGGUUCUCCAGCACCAAAUUGGAGCCCCAAAUUAGAACUUCAAGGCACCAUUGAAUCACCCAUGACUCCAAGUCAAUUUGCCACUUCCGUGGAUAUCUCUGAACGAGGACUAAUUGCCACAGGUUUUAAUAACGGAACAGUACAAAUUUCAGAACUAUCUACAUUACGCCCGUUAUACAAUUUUGAAUCUCAGCAUUCUAUGAUUAAUAAUUCGAAUUCCAUCAGAUCGGUGAAAUUUUCUCCUCAAGGAUCCUUGUUGGCCAUUGCUCACGAUUCAAAUUCAUUUGGUUGUAUAACUCUAUAUGAAACUGAAUUUGGUGAAAGAAUAGGCUCCUUAUCCGUACCAACACAUAGCUCGCAGGCAAGUCUGGGUGAAUUUGCACACUCCAGCUGGGUCACGAGUCUAUCGUUUAACGAUUCUGGCGAAACAUUAUGCAGUGCCGGAUGGGAUGGUAAAUUAAGGUUUUGGGAUAUAAAAACCAAGGAAAGAAUUACUACCUUGAACAUGCAUUGCGAUGAUAUUGAAAUUGAAGAGGACAUCUUAACUGUUGAUGAACAUGGAGACUCUUUAGCUGAACCUGGUGUCUUUGACGUGAAGUUUUUGAAAAAAGGUUGGAGAUCUGGCAUGGGAGCUGAUUUAAAUGAAAGCUUAUGUUGUGUUUGUCUAGAUAGAAGUAUCAGGUGGUUCAGAGAAGCUGGCGGUAAAUAA